AGUGAGAGAGACAUGGACCGAGAGAGCUCUUCCGACUAGCUGAGGCCGAGAGCGAUUCGUACGUUCAGAACUCGUGCAGUAAUAGAUGAGAUCGGGUUUAAACGAAUCUAACCACACAAACAGCCCGCGUUUCACACAUACUUUCCGCAUACACAAACCCGUCAUUGAUGGUAAUGUAUGCAAGGAAACAACCAAGACUCGGCGAUGGGUGCAACGACCGAAGGGACUCUCAGCCUUACCAGGCUUUUAAAUACUCCUCAAAGAGUCACCCAGGCAGCGACCACCGGCAUGAGAAGUUGCGGGAGAGCAGCAAUGACAUGCCACCAUGUAAGAUGCUGCGCAGGUCAGACAGUCCCGACCACAAACACAGUGAGAGCAGUGCACACAGCCGAGCUAAACCAGCACAGCUUCACCGCACCAGGGACAGAGAUGGAGGCACCAGUAUUUCCCCUCAAGAGAAUUCUCACAACCACAGUUCUCUGCUCAGCUCCAACUCUCACCCGAAUCCCAACAAGUUAGACACACCGUACGAACCUGCAGAUGACUGGUCAGAACACAUCAGCUCUUCAGGAAAGAAGUACUACUACAACUGCAGAACAGAAGUGUCACAAUGGGAGAAGCCCAAAGACUGGUUGGAAAGGGAGCAGAGGCAGAAGGAGCCGACUAAAAUUACAACCACACCAACAGCAAUGGUUAACAGUUUCCCAAAAGACAGAGACUACAGACGUGAGGCUAUGCAGGCCGCUCCCGCCACCUUUACCACUACCAAGUCUGCAGUUGUCACAGAAAAACCUUCUCCCCUCACUCAGUCAUCCUCCUCCUCCUCAUCUGCUGCUGUGUCUGGCCUAGGUGUUGCCAAUCCUGCUAGCUCGACCUCGGGUUCUACAGUUUCCCCAGUGAUGCAGUCCCCUGCCACGCCCACUAUUUUACAGGACCCCUCCCUUCUGCGCCAGCUUCUUCCAGCGCUACAGACAGCACUGCAGCUGAACAAUGCCAGCGUGGAUAUGGCCAAGAUUAACGAAGUUCUCACAGCUGCAGUAACGCAGGCUUCACUUCAGUCAAUGAUUCACAAGAUCCUGACUGCAGGUCCGUCUGCCUUCAACAUCACAACUCUUCUCUCCCAAGCUGCUCAGCUCUCCAGCCAAGCUCAGCAGUCCAGUCAGUCUCCAAUGUCUCUGACAUCAGACGCUUCGUCUCCACGGUCGUAUGUGUCCCCCAGGAUCAGUACACCACAAAGUAAUGCUGCACCCCUGAAAACGCCCUUAAGCACCACACCGGUCUCAUCUCAAACAAAGGCAAAUGCUCUUGGAGUUAAAUCCAGUUCUCUUCCUCCACCCUCGUCUCAGCAGCCCUUGCCCUCAGACAAACACCACGACAACAGUAACUCCCCACGGACUCUGCAGAGACAGAGCAGUCAGAGAAGUCCCUCUCCUGGUCCCAACCACGUUGCCAACAGUAACAGUGGCAAUAAUAAUACUAGUGGUGGUGGACAGGGUUCUAGUGUUGGAAGCGGAGCAGGACCUGCCAGUUCAGUAGCAGCUGGCACAGCAUCAUCCAGACCAACCUGUACCUUUACACCAUCGCUGGCAACACACUUUAAUGAGAACCUCAUCAAACACGUGCAGGGCUGGCCUGCAGAGCACAUCGAGAAACAGGCGUCACGGUUACGCGAGGAAGCCCACACCAUGGGCAGCAUUUGCAUGUCUGAGAACUGUACAGAGCUGAAGAACCUGCGCUCUCUAGUGCGUGUGUGUGAAAUCCAGGCCACACUACGUGAACAACGGAUACUGUUUUUGAGACAGCAAAUUAAAGAACUUGAAAAGCUGAAGAAUCAGAAUUCCUUCAUGGUUUGAGAACUCUGCGUUUCUUCGGUGUUCAUUUCAGUAGAGAAAAUGUGGGAUGAUGAAUGUGAACCCAUUUUGUCUUGCACAGAACCGGGUGGAACCAAAGUUCUGUGGUGUUCUGCUCUGGGUCCAGUCUUACACGAGAGGAGCAACAGUGAGCUUUGGACUGAGGGACGAGGGGAGGGGUAGGCAUGCUGGGUGGAGGUCAUGGGCUGGAUUAGGUGGAUAUGUUUUGGGACCUGUUCUUGCCAGGGGCUGUGUAUAUGUAGAUUUAUUGUAGAUGUUUCCAUGUUGUAAAUAUGUUUUGUAAAGGAAACCAUGGAAAGCCAUGCCUAUUAAAAAGCUUUUUGUCAUCAAAACAAAGUUAAUCAGCACCAAUGCCAGUUGAGUCUCUUCAGGCCUCCAUGGGUAAACCUGCUUUGAAAAAUGAGAACCUGAAAACUGUUUGAGCAAUUGCCUUGAGCAUGUACUAAAUGUGCAUGAAAAAGGUGGACCAUCCAGUGGGGAAAACCAGUAACGAUGACCACAGACUAAUAUACUUAAAGCGCACACUUCUACCUUUCAAACCCCAUCUGCUUGGUUUCGAUCUCUCUCUGCAUAUGAAUACUAGUACUGUUGCUAAAUGGUCAGUUCACUAUUCCACUUGUUCCUUUCACUAGUUGCACUGUAAUGGUUUCACUCCCCCAUCCCACGCCUUUUCACAGGUUUUAAUCCUGUCUGUCCUGUAUGGUUCAGUGGUCUCCUAACUGCCCCGAUGGCCCGGAUGUGCCCACUGUCAACACCAGUGCCUGCUUGUGUGAAAAGUGAGUGUAAGAAAGGAAAAGGGAUGCUUUAGCUCUGCGAGUGAGAGUGACACAGGCCAUUCCUGCAGUUCGACCUAAAACCCCUGCCCACCUGUGACCCAACUUGACCUCUCCUAUAAAGAAAAAGAGAAACGGUCUAGCUGUCACUAAGUAACCCUGUUUUAUAGUUGGUUUCCAGAAUUUUCCCAGGACAUGUUUAUUUUUUCCUUUCUCCUUUCCUUUUUUCUUUGCUUAAACUAUUCCUUUUAGAAAGUGUGAGGAGUUUAUUGCAACUUUCAUUAAAACCUGAGUUCAUUCCUUUGUACAUUUGCUAAUUAAUAUGGAGUUUAAGAUGUUUUAUUAAAAGUUGCAGUGAUGACUAGUUAUAUUUUAUGUUGUGUUCAUAAAUUAUUGCCACACGUUUUCCUUUGUACCCUGACUAGACAGAGUGGAGCUAGUUCUACUGGGAAUUGAGUGCAGAGGUCACAGCUGUGGACUGGACCUAACCAAACCGCUACAUCCGAAUCGGGGCAGGGUCACCUGGGGUCAGAAGGUCAAAUGUGAAAUGUAUGUAAUGUAAUAAACAUGCUAAAAUGUUAAACUCG